AUGCACGCACACGUAUCGCAACAAGCGCAAGAGGCACGCGCGGCCGCUUUGCAAGAUGAAAUCGAUCAAUUGCAGAACACACUGGGAAAAGAAGAGAAUGCCGAGAAGAUUGUGUCUCGCCACAUCAAGCUCCUGCAUCGGUACAACGAGGCUAAGGAUGCCGCGCAGAUCAUAAUGGGAAAGCUCGCCGCCCACAAGCAGACAACCAUUCGACAGAUCCAUGAAGACUUUGGGGUGGCCGACGAAGACUGA